CAAAGUGUUGAACCUCCAAUUACAGAUACAAUCACAACUAAAACUUCUGUACAACUACUGCUCCGACCAUGGGAAAGAUCAUCCACGACGUCGUUGGCCAGCGCCGGCCGAAGUGUGCCGAUGAAACAGCCCCAAUUUGUCCCAGCGAUUGCUGCAGCUCCGACGACGAAACAACCACAAAAGGAAUCCUUGGGGACCGCCGCCCAAAAAAACAGCAGCAACCCAUCGCCGUUGCCCGAGGCUACGUAAGGAUUGGUAUGGACGUGGACGUGGAUGCGAACGCGAACGCGAAGGCUGGAAACGGCAACGCCGCCGACGACGAGAACGACGACGACGGUGGUGGCGGCGAAAUAAAGGAACUCGUCGUUGUUGGCGCCGGGCCCCAUUCCCUGACGCUGGUCCUUCGAUUGCUGGAACCCGAGGCAGACCUUUUGUCGGACAAGACGCGGCACUACCGGGCCGAUUACGAUUCGAAAAUGAGGCCCAUCGCCAAGGUGCGGACCCACAUCCAGAAGCUUGCCAAGGGCCCGUCGGCGACGCUCCGGCAGAAGCGCAAGAAAAAGACGAAAUUCAACAAAACAAAAAYAAGCACGGCGGCCGUAACGGCAUUCGAUCCCGACGAAGACCCGCCCCCGAUCCCCCUUGAAACGAUCCGCGGUUCGGUCCUCGUCGUCGAUGCCAAGAGCGACCGGUGGCUCUCUCAGUGGAAACAAAAUUUCGAAGCCAUUGGCAUCCCCAAGCUGCGGUCCCUCAUGAACGCCCAUGCCGAUCCCUACGAUCACCGGGCCCUGGAGCAGUAUGCCGAGCUCCAGAAGCGAGACACCGAGCUGGUCCCCCUGCCACAGCUCCAGCAGAGGGACAGGGACUUUCACGGGCCCUACCAGGUGCCGAGCACGAGUUUGUUUCACGACUACCACGAUCUGCUGGCAAGGGGGUACGGGAUCGACGACAUUGUGACCCAGGGAACCGUCUCGUCGAUCGAGCCCUACAACGACGGUGACGCAGACGAGGAGCGGCCCUUGUUUCGCAUCACGAUCGAACGAGGGGCUGGCAGCGACGACGACAACGAGGAGGAUUCGACCGAGUCGUCGUCUACUGCUCUGGCAUGGUCCAGAAGCAGCAAGAAAACAAYUGUCGUUAGAACCAAGCGCGUCGUAUGUGCCAUGGGGCCGAUGUUCGACACCGGGGAAGCCUUUUGGGAGGCGGCACUGCGAAAGGAACUCGUUUCCAAAAGCGUUCCCUAUCCGUCCCACCGCAUUCUCCAUCCAGCGGAGAUAGUUCCGUUCCUCAAGAAGAAAAGGCUGCAAGAAGAAGAACAAGAACAGCAGCGACAGGAGCUGCAGAAUCAGCAAGAGCAAGAACAAGAGAACGCCCCGAACGAACGAGAACCCCUACCGUCCCCCGUUGCUGGAAUAGAACCUCCUUCUCCUCCGCUCUCUCGGUUGCUGAUCGUCGGUGGUGGAAUCACGAGUGCGCAGCUGGCUAUACAGGCUUCCAAAUCCUUUUCCUGGUGCUCCUCCGUCAAGCUCGUCCAGCGAUCCCGGGGCCUCCCCCGGCACUUUGACGUCGAGAACAAGUGGAUGGGCCCCCGACGGGGCCAGUUGCUUGAAUCCUUUUGGGAGCUGGACAUGCAGCAGCGCGCGGGCUUUCUCAAGGAUGCCCGCCGAGGGGGAUCGAUUCCGCCCGAGAUCCUAGAGGAACUCUACGAGCAAGCGGGGAGGAAGGGCUCAAACCUUGUCGUCCACGAGGAAGCCCAGAUCUCCAGGGUCCUCUGGAACGAUUCCAAGGAGCUCUUUACGGUCGAGAUGGACGACGGAUCGGAUUCCGGAGAAAACAUCUACGACAUGAUCUGGCUCRUCACAGGGAGUGAGAACCACCUGGACAACUACCCGCCCCUGUCGGGACUCCUUCGGACCGUCCUGCCGGUGGACACCUUUGGCGGGCUCCCGGUUCUGGCCCGGGACCUGUCGUGGAAGGGGCCCGAUCACGAGGAGGAAGAGCGGUGGAAGGGACUCGCGCGCAAGCGAAUGUGGUGCAUCGGAUCCCUGGCGGGCCUGGAGCUCGGUCCGGACGCCCUCAACCUAGUGGGAGCACGGCAGGGCGCCGUUCGCGUGGCCACUUGUCUGAGAAAGGACAUAAACGGGAGCGUGUCUUGAACGACUCGACUCUACUCGAUUCAGACGUGAUGACAAUAAGCCAUGGGGAAGAACGAUUUGCAUUGUUCAAAAAUAAACAUCCACUCCAUUGAAAUGCGAUCCCCGCAAGGCCAUAAAUAACACUGUACUAC